CGGUCGACAUGGAGUUUGCCAAAAACAUGUACGAGCUGCACAAAAAGGUGUCUCCCAGCGAGGUCAUCCUGGGCUGGUAUGCAACAGGUCACGACAUCACGGAACACUCUGUCCUGAUCCAUGAGUACUACAGCCGGGAAGCGCACAAUCCGAUCCACCUCACUGUGGACACGAGUCUCCAGAAUUCACGCAUGAGCAUUAAAGCCUACGUCAGUGCCCCAAUGGGAGUCCCUGGUAAAACGAUGGGCGUGAUGUUCACACCCCUAACAGUGAAAUACGUUUAUUACGAUACAGAGCGGAUAGGAGUGGAUCUUAUCAUGAAGACGUGUUUUAGCCCUAACCGAGUGAUUGGGCUGUCCAGCGACUUACAGCAGGUGGGGUCGGCGUCAGCCAGGAUUCAGGAUACCUUAACCAUGGUGCUGCAGUAUGCCGAGGAUGUAUUGUCUGGCAAAGUGGCCGCUGACAACACUGUCGGGCGAUUCCUGAUGGAUCUUAUUAACCAGGUGCCAAAGAUUUCACCAGAGGACUUUGAGACAAUGUUGAACAGCAAUAUCAAUGACCUACUGAUGGUAACCUACUUGGCAAACCUCACACAGUCACAGAUUGCUCUCAAUGAAAAACUUCUGAGUUUAUGAAGAAACUUCUGCCACCCUACACUUCCAAGAGCCUGAAGAAUGAGCAGAUACACUUUUCUGUGGUGGCGUUACAAACUUCCUUGGACCAUAAUUUAACUACCUAGGUGACUUGGUUACGUCUUC